AUGGAGUCGUUUUAUGAGUUCGCGCCUCAGCCCGGCCCCCGCUGCCUUCUACUACACCUCCUGCUGCUGCUGCUGCUGCUGUCAACCCCGGAGCUGGGCCCGAGCUAUGCUGGAGCCGAAGAGACCGACUGGGUUCGAUUGCCUAGCAAAUGCGAAGUGUGUAAAUAUGUCGCCGUGGAGCUGAAGUCUGCCUUUGAGGAAACUGGCAAGACCAAGGAAGUGAUUGACACAGGCUAUGGCAUCUUGGACCGGAAGGCCUCUGGAGUCAAGUACACCAAAUCGGACUUACGGUUAAUCGAAGUCACUGAGACCAUCUGCAAGCGGCUCCUGGACUAUAGCCUGCACAAGGAGAGGACCGGCAGCAACCGGUUCGCCAAGGGCAUGUCAGAGACCUUUGAGACUCUACAUAACCUGGUGCACAAAGGAGUCAAGGUGGUGAUGGACAUCCCCUAUGAGCUGUGGAACGAGACCUCGGCAGAGGUGGCCGAUCUCAAGAAGCAGUGUGACGUGUUGGUGGAAGAGUUUGAGGAGGUGAUCGAGGACUGGUACAAAAACCACCAGGAGGAGGACCUGACAGUGUUCCUCUGUGCCAACCACGUGCUCAAGGGAAAGGACACGAGUUGCCUGGCAGAGCAGUGGUCUGGCAAGAAGGGGGACACAGCCGCCCUAGGAGGGAAGAAGUCCAAGAAGAAGGGCAGCAAGGCCAAGGCCUCCGAUGGCAGGAGCAGCAGCAGCAAACAGAGGAAGGAGCUGGGUGACCUUGAGGGAGACCCCAGCCCCGAGGAAGAGGAAGGCAUCCAGAAGGCAUCACCCCUCACACAUAGUGCCCCUGAUGAGCUUUGA